GGGGCGGGCGCGGAGCGGCUCCCAGCGCCAGCCGUGCGCGCUCCGCCGCCGGACAACGCCAUGAAGCCGGCGGUGCUGGAAGUAAUGAGGAUGAACCGGGUGUGCAGGAUGGUCCUGGUCACUUCCGUGGGCUCCUUCAUCCUCGUCAUCUUCUAUUUCCAAAGUAUGUUGCACCCAGUAAUGCGUAGAAAUCCGUUCGGGAUGGACAUUUGCUGUCGGAAAGGAUCCAGAAGCCCACUCCAGGAACUGUAUAAUCCCACCCAGUUGUCCAACACAGCAAUUCUUCAUCAGAUCAGACGAGACCAAGUGACAGACACGUGCCGAGCAAACAGCGUGUCCAGCAGGAAGCGCCGUGUGCUGACACCCAACGAUCUCAAGCACCUGGUUGUGGAUGAGGAUCAUGAAAUGAUCUAUUGCUAUGUUCCCAAAGUGGCCUGCACAAACUGGAAGAGAGUCAUGAUGGUUUUGACGGGAAGAGGCAAGUACAGCGAUCCAAUGGAAAUCCCGGCCAAUGAAGCCCACGUGUCUUCAAACCUGAAGACCCUCAACCAGUACAGCAUCCCAGAGAUCAACCACCGCUUGAAAAAUUACAUGAAGUUCCUCUUUGUUCGUGAGCCUUUUGAAAGACUGGUGUCAGCCUACAGGAACAAGUUCACCCAGAAGUACAACACCUCCUUCCACAAGCGAUACGGCACCAAAAUUGUGAGGCGCCAGAGGAAAAACGCAACCCAGGAAGCUCUGCGGAAAGGUGAUGAUGUGAAAUUUGAAGAGUUCGUGGCAUAUCUCAUCGACCCACACACCCAAAGGGAAGAGCCCUUCAACGAGCACUGGCAGACUGUGUACUCCCUCUGCCACCCUUGCCACAUCCACUACGACCUCAUAGGGAAGUAUGAAACACUCGAAGAGGAUUCAAAUUACGUUCUCCAGCUGGCAGGAGUAGGCAACUACCUGAAAUUCCCCACCUAUGCAAAGUCUACGAGAACUACUGAUGAAAUGACCACAGAGUUCUUCCAGAACAUCAGCUCCUUGCACCAAACGCAGCUGUAUGAAGUCUACAAACUUGAUUUUUUAAUGUUUAAUUACUCAGUGCCAAGCUACCUGAAAUUGGAAUGAGGGAUGGGUUGGGGGGAAAGAGGGGAGAGAAAGCCUGUUUUAUUUAAGAUUUUUAUUUGUCAUAAUAAAUAUGGAGAAUGGGUUAUUUUGUAAAUUAAUAUUUUCUUUUUUUGAAUGAUGCUGCGAGCAGCACAGUCAAAAUUAUUUAAAUCAACUGUAAGAAAGGACAGCUCUCUUUGCAGGGUAACGGGAUUGUGACGAGCUAGCUGUAGAAAUGAAUAAUACUGCUACACUGUUUAAACAAAUGUUAAUUGUGUUCUGGUGAAUUUCAUUGAUCUUGCAUUCCUCCAGUUCUAAUUAAUGUUAUUUAUAGUUAUUUAAAACAUUGUCUCUUGGUAGGUUUCACUUCAGCAGCAGAGAUAGGAAAACAUGUGGACAAAAGGAGUCUGGUUUUGUGCUUCCCUCGACUGAGCUUGCUCUGGGUAAUAAUAUUCUUCCAUUAGGCAUUGAUGCAGGUAAAUAUGGAAAUGGUUCUGGAACCACAUGCUUUGAGAAGAAUGGUGAAAAUAAUUUCUUUAGAAAGUGAUGUUGCGCUCCAUACAAAAUCUGAAUGGAUUUGUACAAAAUCUGUACAAAUUCCCAGUGGGGGAAUUCCUGCUCCCCCACCUCUUUCUAGGCCUGAAAAGGAAAAGCAACUCAGAUUUGGGUAGAUACGUGAGUAUCUAAAAACCAUGACUGAAAGAAACCUGAAUGUAUUCCUUAGGAAGAGAAACCAUGAACCUUUUAUAAGUCUUAAUGAGUUUUUGGAGAAUAUGACCACUCCCACUGGCUCUCUUCCCAGCCCAAAUGAAUUGGUGAUGGUCCAUCAGAAAAGAAUCAGCAUUUGGAAAGUGACUGUAAGAGAUUUUUUGAAUGCCCAAAGUAAUUGGCAUUGACUUAAUUCAUAUCCAGGAUGGAGCUGCAGGGACAUCCAUCCUCUUCAAGUCGUGCCUCCCUAAUUGAUCCUAAGAUGGGCAGCCAAAACUGGCUGGAGAGACAUUGGUAAUGAUACAUUGCUGUAAACAAUCUGGCAUGUCAUUUGAAAAUUCAAAAAGUCAUCUUCAUGUUGAUUCUCUAAGCAUGCAAGGCAAUAAAAAAGGUCUCAUCUUCCUACAUGCUGGUUUCAUGGCUUUUUCCUAGGGAGAAGAAGCCUUCUUUUUUAGUUGAUGCCUAAAUGCCAUUGACAGGAAUUUUUCUAAGUUCCAAUGAGUUAGAAAUUCAUCUAAGUCAUCUCUAGUGUAAGACCAUGACCUUUUUUCUUAGGGGGAAUGUCUCAGUAGCAGUUGUUUUGUGUUUAACAGCUUUUUGGGAUGGCAGAUUGUUUUGAGUAAGCAAAUAGUAAUCUAUACACAGCAGAUAAACAAUAAAAAGUGGGAUUUCAGUGUGGAUAUGUUAGCCAGCUAGUGGGAAGUUCAGGCUUCUCCAGAUGGUUCCUUCAUGGAACAUGGAUGCAGGUGAGGGAAUGCUCUUUAGCCACCUCAGUGCUUGCCGGCAGCUGAUGGGCAAAACGAGGCAGAGACUAAAUUGAGGCACUUGUGAAAAUAUAAGAUCUGUUUUACAGCUGAUAGAUGAUUAAAAAUGGGGGGUUUAACUUGCCGGCUUGUCAAUCUUAUGAUCAAAACAAAUUCUUUCAAAAAUGACUGAUGAUUUAAAUAAACUCAGCUGAAGGCAGAGCUGUUUCAACAGUAUCAGAGCCAUAUCCUGAAAAAUGUCAAAUUGUACAGUAGCCAGUAAUAUCCACUGAACUAUAUUAGUUUACAGGACACAGAUGUGAUUAAAGAAGAAAAAUAGUUUGCAUUUUAUUUGAUAAAAAUAAGUUGCUGAAUAAAUCUCACUGAAAAACAAAUUAACAUAACAAACAGCAACUGAAGUCCUUUCAUAAUUUGAUUUGGUCUUAGGCAGGAUUCGGGUAAUUCUUUUUUCUAUCAUACCAUACAAAUAAAUCUCUUAUCCAUUCUGGAACAAUCACAGUUUUCAUAACCCAUUUAUAACCUGGAGCACUGGGCCAGUGGCUGACAAGGGGCUGGCUGGCUGGCUGACCCCUCUGAAUUCCUGAUCCAUUGCUGAUUACUGGUUGUUGUUUUACUUUAAAGCAGUUUAGUCUCAUUUAGAGUGUGUGGAGCUGUACCUCACAGUGCCCUGGCUCUCUUAUGUUCCUAUUUCCAUGGUUGCAUGUUUGUUAAAAAAACAACUGUCUGAGGCAGUUCCCCUUUUCCCCCCACAAUACUUCCUACAAGCUAUUUCUGAGCUAGUUUGGCCUUGCAUCCCACAGUGCUCAUAUUUUGGACCAAUUUUCUUCUCAGUGAGCUCUUCGUCCAUCCAGCAGAAUGUGAUGUGAUUUUUUCAUUUAAGACAAAAGUUGUUUCAGAAAGUAAAUAUUUAAAGAACAGGGCGUGCUUCCCCCUUUAUUUUUGUACUUUUCUCUGGCAUCAUCACCACAUUUUUAUGCAUUCUGAUAUAUUCUCUGUAGUUUCACAGCUUUGGAGACAUCAAACCUCUAUUUGGUAGCUGUGAUAGAAAAGCUUUAGGUGAAAAAUGUGUUCAGGAGAUCUGAGGGGUGACCAUUGCUCCAACCAGGAUUUUUAGCAACAGCUUUAGGUUGGAUUACCCAAAUUCUGGCUCCCCACAGAGGGUAGCUUUAUGGGUGGAUGCUCAGCACUGAGGAGGCUUUUAUGUGGAAUUCAGUGGGUGUUUAAAGUCACUUGCUUUUGAAAAACCUUGAUCCCAAAGUACUACAACCUGGCUAUUUAGUGCAUUAUAUCUAUUUGGAGGUGCUGUGAACGGGCUGUAGAUCUGUGUUUAAAAUGAACAGCUCACAUGCUGGAUAUGGUCGUGUCCUGUGCAGUGAGCAGCAAGCCCUCACCAGCUCAGAGGAGGAUGACAGAUGUUAAGGAAUAGCCAUUUCUUUUGGUCUAGUGGGUGUGUUUUUUUGACUGAGCCAAAAAACCUCUCUUUCCACUGCAGCCACACAGGAGGACAUGCAGGGUUGUUCAUGCUCAUGUCAGUGAGCUGGCAGCCUUCACCUGCAGUGGGGGGCAGCCAGGGAACCAGGUUGGUUUUACCCUCUAACUCUUCACAGGGUUUCCCAAGAGGGGCUGGUCUGCUCCUGAGUUCUGCCUCUCUCCCAGCUCUAUUUCUGCUGUGGCCACAGCUGAUCCUGGGUGACAAAUGGGCAGCACAGAGCCACAGCAAAAUGUAAAAUGCAGACGUGCCCAUGGGGCUGCAAGGGCCACCAGGGAAGCUGCUGUUGUAGAAGGGUGUGCAUGAAUUAUGUUGAUUAGUGAUGAGCACAGAGAGGACCCAGUGGGGGAAUUCCUGCUCCCCACCUCUGUCCCCAGCCCCCUCAAAGCUGCUGGAGCAGUGAUCCUCACCUCUGAGCAGCUGUUACCUCCCUGUCAUUUGGCAGGGCCAGCGCUGAGCCCAGCAGUGCUGGUGGCUCUGUACUUGGCAUGAUACCCACAGCUGAGUGGUCAUUCCCCCAAAAUGGCAUCAAGCACCUUAACCUGGAGUGCAGGCUGAAUUUGGCCCAUCUGAAUAUGGUGGUGAAUUCUGGGUGGUGGUAUGUUCCCCCAAACCUGGCUCAGUCCAUGCUUCAGCCUCUUCUUCAUAAACCAUGUCCAUUAUGACAGAAAUGUGCAAACUGCCUGAACCAUGCGCUGUGUAAGACAAGUGAAAUAAAUAAUCUACAAGCAGAAGUGCUUUUAGAAGUAAGUUGACCCCAGAUGUUUUAGGGUUUCACUGUAGUCUGCUGCACUUUUCAGGUACAAAAAGGGACUGUCCUUACUAUUACUCUUGUUACAGAGAGUGUUAUUUUCUUACAUGCAUGCACAAUACAAUGUGUACGAAUAAUUUAACAUCAAUGUGGGGUUGGAUUUUUUUUUUAACCUAUUUGUAUGCAGUAGAAGGCUUGUUGUAGAAAAGUAUCUCCUCAUACUUAAAUAUACUGUUAAUAAAGCAAAAAAGAUAAAUUAUACAUUGCCAACACAAGUGUGAACUGCUCAUGAAUCUUUCCUUAAAAAAGCCAUUCAAGCCUGAUUAUUUUUCUAAGUAACUUCAAUUAAAUUGAAGAA